AUGACAAAUUAUAGGUGGGAAGUGGACACUAUAUUUAGCGGUAAGGAUGAGUUUAAGGAUGCCAUUAGAAGGUAUGUUGUUCAUGCUGGGAGGGCUCUAAAAUUUGUGAAAAAUGAUAAUCAUAGGGUGAGGGUCAGAUGCAUGGCUGGCCAAUGUAAGUGUCCAUGGGUAGCUUAUUGUGGGUAUUUGCCAUCACAUAAAAUUUGGCAAUUGAGGAAGAUAAUUGAUACUCAUACUUGCAGCAGGCAACUUAACAUUAAACUAAUGAAUUCUAAGUGGUUGAGUCAAGAAAUAGAUAAGUCUUUAGUUGACAAUCCUAAUUUAAAUGUGAAAGACAUACACAGUAAAGCAUUAAGGAAAUGGAAUACAAAUGUGUCAAUUUCCAAGGCACGAAGGACAAAGUUAAUUGCAUCAAGACAACUUGAAGGAGAUUUCAACGAACAAUUUAAAAGGAUCUAUGACGAUGGACAUGAGUUGUUGAGGUGUAACCCAGGGUCAACAGUGAAGGUUAAAGUUGACGCUAAUAAUGGUGACCCAAUCUUCCAAAGAAUAUAUGUUUGUCUCAAAGCUUGUAAAGACAGGUUCAUCAACUGUAGGCCGAUUAUAUGUUUGGAUGGAUGUUUUUUGAAAGGUCAGUACAAGGGGGAGGUGGUUACUGUUGUUGGUAGGGACCAAAACGAGCAAAUGUUACCCCUUGCCUAUGCAGUUGUAGAAGUGGAAAACAAAGACAGUUGGACUUGGUUUUUGCAGUUAUUAAUUGAAGACCUCAGGGGAAAUGAAGUCUGUGGGAGGUGCACGUGGAUGUAUGACCAGCAAAAGGGAUUAGUGCCAGCUAUCCAGGAGCUUCUUCCUAGCGCAAAACAAAGAUUCUGCAUGAGACACCUCUAUGCCAAUUUCAGGAAAAGGUUUUGUGGUCAAAUAUUGAAGAAUUAG